AGUCGCCGCGCGCGCUCGCUGCCGGACAUGGAGGCGGCGCCCGUCCUGGGUCGCCUCGCGAAGGCGGACGGGCCUCUGCUCGGCCAGUGGGACCUGAUGCUGCUGGGGGAGGAGCAGCCCUUCGCCGACGCCUUCGAGGGGGGCUCCGCGCCUGACUUCGCCUCGGCGUUCCGCAAGGGCUUCUCCGAGCUGCCGGCCGACCUGCGCUCCGCCUCGAAGCGCAACGAAGGCAAAAUACCGACCAUGGGCCUCGGAGUUCUGUCUGACAUGAGGAAGUUCUUCAACGAGCUGAGGACCAACCUGGACAGCGUGGAGGAGGUGGCCGCCCUCAGCAAGGAACAGGGGCUGCUGAAGAGCGGAAGGAUCGACCCUGCGGACUUCCUCGCUCUUAUUGCCAGACACGGCGCGCGCCUGGGCAGUGCCAAGGCGGGCGGCCAGCAUCGGAACGCCGGAUCACACAACCACAUCCAGCAACUUAUGUUCGGUUCCACGGGCGGGGAUAAGCCCUACGCCCACUCCGGCCUCGGGAAAUAGACCUGCCUGACUACUGCUGCUGCUACGACAACUACUGCUACCUUUACUCCUCCUGCUAUAGCUAUUAGUAGUGGUACUAACAUUACAACUGCUAAUAUUAUUGAUAUACCUACUACUGAUACGACUACUACUACUACUACUACUACUACUACUACUACUACUGCUGCUGCUGCUGCUGCUGCUACUACUACAACUACAACUACAUUAAGUGAAGCCGUUACUGCAGCUGACACUGCUAAUACUGCUGCAUCCACCACAAACAGCACGAGAUUCCCUAAACUGAAGAAAAACAAACAACAAAGGUUGUCCAUUCUCUCUCUCUCUCGUUUAAGAAAGAUGAAAUAAAGAAAACAAAAUAUAAGAGGAAGAAAAAAAUAAUAAAAGUUUCUUGUUGGAAAUAAUUACAAGAAAACGUACAACUUCAACAAGGGAAUAACAUAAGAUGCUGUAUAAAUAACAUCAUGUUCUUUUAUGAUGUAAAGAUGACAAUACAGUUCAGUUUGGUCUGGCUGAUGAUGAUAAUAAUGAUGAUUACAAGAAUGAAACAGAAUUUUAUAUACUGAUAUUAUUGUUUUCCUAUA